AUGCCUGCCAUCAUUGACAAGAUUGCGGACGCUCUCCAUCUGACCAAGCACUCUCACAACGACUCUGCCCCGGACGCCGAAUCUCCCAGCACGUCCGCUCCACAGCCUGCAUUUGACCAUAACAAGGUCACCGUCCUCUUCGUCCUCGGAGGCCCCGGUGCAGGCAAGGGCACCCAGUGCGCGAAUCUCGUCAAGGACUUUGACUUCUGCCACCUCUCCGCCGGCGACCUUCUCCGCGCAGAGCAGAACCGCGAAGGGUCCGAGUAUGGCGAGAUGAUUCGGCGGUACAUCCGCGAGGGCCAGAUCGUCCCCAUGGAGGUCACCGUCAAGCUCCUCGAGAACGCCAUGCGCGCCGCUCUCUCCGAGAACCGUCCCGGCGAGGGCUGGGCAGCCGGCAAAGGCCGCUUCCUCGUCGACGGCUUCCCGCGCAAGAUGGACCAGGCAUUGAAGUUCGACGAAGACGUUUGCAAGUCCUCACUCGUUCUGUUCUUCACCACGACCGAAGAGGAGAUGCUGAAGCGUCUUCUCGAGCGUGCCAAGACCAGCGGUCGUGAGGACGAUAACGAAGAGAGCAUCCGGAAACGCUUCCGUGUCUACAAGGAGCAGACCAUGCCAGUCAUCGAGCACUACAGCAAACAGGGCAAGGUCGCAACCAUCGACGCGACGGCUUCUAUCGAGGAGGUUCACGAGAAAGCCAAGGCGGUGGUUGCGCAGCUAUUCUCUGGGGAUGUCAGCCGUAACGUCACUGCCUGA